GAUGUUUUGAGACAGUUUAGUAUUUUCUUUGUAUUGCCGUGAAGAAACUACAUCUGCCUACCUAAACCCUCUCUAUUCUCAUGCAGUCCAACACUCGCGAGAGCAAGAGGGAGAGUAAGUUAAGGAAACAUGGCGAUGUCUAAUUUGUUAAAGAACAAAGGGUCCCUCCAGUUUGAGGACAAGUGGGAUCUGAUGCGCCCCAUUGUCCUUAAGUUACUUCGCCAGGAGUCUGUAACGAAGCAGCAGUGGUUCGAUCUUUUCUCAGAUGUUCAUGCAGUCUGUCUAUGGGAUGACAAAGGCCCAGCUAAGAUUCACCAGGCUCUGAAGGAGGACAUUUUAGAUUUUAUAAAGCAAGCCCAGGCGAGGGUUCUCAGUCACCAAGAUGACACGGCCCUCCUCAAGGCUUACAUCGUGGAGUGGAGGAAGUUCUUCACGCAGUGUGAUAUACUACCUAAGCCAUUUUGCCAGCUUGAGAUCACUCUGAUGGGGAAGCAGGGCAGCAACAAGAAGUCCAACGUGGAGGAUAGCAUAGUGCGGAAGCUGAUGUUGGACACUUGGAACGAAUCCAUUUUUUCCAACAUCAAGAACAGGCUGCAGGAUAGUGCAAUGAAGUUGGUCCAUGCUGAAAGACUUGGGGAGGCUUUUGACUCUCAGCUGGUCAUCGGGGUGCGCGAGUCUUAUGUGAACCUGUGUUCCAACCCUGAUGAUAAGCUGCAGAUCUACAGGGAUAACUUCGAGAAAGCCUACCUGGACUCCACUGAGAGGUUCUACAGGACACAGGCUCCUUCCUACCUACAGCAAAAUGGAGUACAAAACUACAUGAAAUAUGCAGACGCUAAAUUAAGGGAGGAGGAAAAACGUGCACUACGCUAUUUAGAGACACGACGUGAAUGUAACUCUGUUCAAGCACUUAUGGAAUGUUGUGUAAAUGCACUGGUGACAUCGUUCAAAGAAACAAUCUUGGCAGAAUGUCCAGGCAUGAUUAAACGUAACGAGACUGACAAGCUUCACCUGAUGUUCUCGCUGAUGGAUAAAGUGCCCAGUGGAAUUGAACCCAUGCUUAAGGAUCUGGAGGAACACAUCAUUAGUGCCGGCCUGGCCGACAUGGUUGCUGCUGCUGAGACUAUCACAACAGACUCUGAGAAGUAUGUGGAGCAGCUUCUCACUCUGUUCAACCGCUUUAGUAAACUUGUGAAGGAGGCAUUCCAGGAUGAUCCUCGCUUCCUCACAGCCAGAGAUAAAGCGUACAAAGCAGUUGUGAAUGAUGCCACAAUAUUUAAGUUGGAGCUACCUAUGAAACAGAAGGGAGUGGGCCUCAAAACGCAACCCGAGUCCAAGUGUCCAGAGCUGCUAGCCAACUACUGUGACAUGCUGCUGAGGAAGACGCCACUCAGCAAAAAGCUCACCUCGGAGGAGAUCGAGCUAAAGUUAAAAGAAGUGUUGCUGGUGCUAAAAUAUGUCCAGAAUAAGGACGUGUUUAUGAGGUACCAUAAAGCCCACCUGACCAGGAGGUUGAUCCUGGACAUCUCAGCUGACAGCGAGAUUGAGGAGAACAUGGUCGAAUGGCUCAGGGAAGUUGGUAUGCCAGCCGAUUAUGUCAACAAGCUAGCUAGAAUGUUCCAAGACAUCAAGGUCUCAGAGGAUCUAAACCAGGUCUUCAAGGAGAUGCAUAAACACAACAAGCUUGCUUUACCAGCUGACUCCGUAAAUAUAAAGAUCCUGAAUGCUGGAGCAUGGUCACGCAGCUCAGAGAAGGUCUUCGUUUCACUUCCCACUGAGCUGGAGGACCUCAUUCCUGAAGUUGAAGACUUUUACAAGAAGAAUCACAGUGGCAGAAAGCUGCACUGGCACCACCUUAUGUCCAAUGGCAUUAUCACAUUUAAGAAUGAAGUGGGUCAGUAUGACUUGGAGGUCACAACCUUCCAGCUGGCUGUUCUUUUCGCCUGGAACCAAAGACCUAGAGAGAAGAUCAGCUUUGAAAACCUGAAGCUUGCCACUGAGCUGCCUGAUGCAGAGCUGAGACGCACACUCUGGUCUCUCGUUGCCUUCCCAAAACUCAAACGGCAGGUGCUUUCAUACGAACCUCAAGUGAGCUCUCCCAAAGACUUCACAGAUAGUACAUUGUUCUUCGUUAACCAGGAAUUCUCCUUGAUAAAAAACUCCAAGGUGCAGAAGAGGGGGAAGAUUAACCUGAUUGGGCGUCUACAGCUGACUACAGAGCGAAUGAGGGAGGAGGAGAAUGAAGGCAUUGUUCAACUAAGAAUAUUAAGAACACAGGAGGCCAUCAUUCAAAUUAUGAAGAUGCGAAAGAAGAUCACUAAUGCCCAGCUGCAGACCGAGCUGGUGGAGAUCCUGAAAAACAUGUUCCUUCCCCAGAAGAAGAUGAUCAAGGAGCAGAUUGAGUGGCUGAUUGAGCACAAGUACAUCAAGCGUGAUGAGUCGGACAUUAACACCUUCAUCUACAUGGCAUAGCACUGAGGUUUCCGCUGGAAAUGCUUAUCGUUCCAAUCAAGAUGAAGACAGUGAACCUGCAGCGGCUCAGCAAGUGGGAGAGGAGUGCUGACACAAUGGAGCAACCAAGCUGGCUGCUGAUCUUCUCGUGGAGUGAUGGGCUUGUUUUACAUGACAGUCACACACCAGAAUAGCUUGUUUUCAAGAAAAAUCCCUGCCUUACCUUACAGUAAAGAAACCUGAGAUGAGGAUGGGAGAUUUCAAAGGAAAAACAAAACAAAACAAAAAAAAAAUGAACUAUAUUUUUGCCAACAGGUAGUCAGUAUGCAUGGUGGGUGGUUUGCCUAUUUUUUUUUUUUUUUUGUGAGUGUCGACAUCAACAGCAUGCUGUCGGUGGGAAUGUCUAUCAUCUGAGGACUUGUUUGUGUGUGCCGUGUUUGUGUGUGUGAGUGAGUGUAUGUGUGUGUCCUUGUCUGGUCCAGGCUGUGUCCACUCUUCUCCUCUCCAGCUCAGCGCUCAGCCUGGUCCAAAAGCUCACACUGCAGCCACAUGGGAGCUCCGUCACCUGGAUGGUGGACUGGAGCGUUAGCACUUUACUCAUUCUGCCACACAUUCAGCAUGGCCGUGUUCCCGUCAUCUGUUCUGUGUUGCUCUGUUUUGUUUUGUUUGUUUUUUUUGUUUUUUGAGAACAACUUGGGAUAGUAUAUGAUGAUGGUAUAUGGCAGCCAUCUUGAAAUAACAGAGAAGUUCACCAUACUUUCCCCUUUAUUCAUUAAUAUUGACUUUUCUCUGGCCAACAGAAUAUCAGAUACAGUUACAGUGUGAUACAAUAGACACGCUGCAGUUGUGCUGUACAGCGUAGCCGUCUGUUCCGUUAUCAGAGUUGUUUUGUUUCGAGUCGCCCCGGAGAUAACGUUACUCUUCUUCCAUUGACCUUCAAGCCUCCUUAAGGACACAUUGGCUUCUUAGUGAAUUAAUCGGGGGCAGCUGUGUUAUUUUAAAACUGUGUUAUUGGAACGGUUUGAUUUCAUGAAGCCUCUCUGGGCACUGGAGUGCGCUUUACACCCUUGCAUGUUGUCCACAUGGAAGGAUUGAUAUUAUCAUUAUACAGAAAUUAUAUAUAGGUAAUAUUUUGUAGCAUAUUUCACUUUUACUCAGUCAUUUAAGAUCUGUUCCCUCUGACGGAUAUCAUCACUGUUUCUAAACGAUGUCAUUUUUAUAGCACAGCCUCCUCUCAAAUUUGAGCAAUGUAAUAGUGAUAAUGUUUUCCGUUAUCAGACUCGUGUUAUAAAGUGAUCCUUUAAAAAGAACUGUCUUGCUACCUACACAGCCUAUUUAACAUGUUUCACACUGACCUAGUGACCAAGUGCUUUAAGGUAUCUUGAUAACUGAGGUCAUUUGGCCUAUGAUAAUGGGGAAAAAAAUCAUUAAACAUUACAUAAAGCACCAUUUUGUGAAUUAAAGGUUGAGUGGAUAUAUGACACAUGUUAAAGCAACAAGUUUUAGUAUUAAUUCCUUUACAUCUCUUUUUGAAAUGGUCAUCUUUCUGUGAAUCAGCCAUGUCUCUUCUUUCAAUCCGGAUAUAAAUACGAUGUAUAGCAUUAAGUAGGAUACAUACAGGGUUGAUUUAUACACCUUUAUUUCAGUUAGUGAUCAUUAUACAAUCCUGAGCCACACACAUCAACAUCAUUACAAUGUGAAAACAAGCGCCCACUCACAGGAAAAGCAGACACAGUUAAGCUCUGACCGACGGCUUCACCUGUAAACACAAUACAGUGACAGGUCACUCGUCCAUUCACCUUCAGUAAGCACUUUAUCCAGGUCAAGGUCACGCUGGAUCUGGAGCCUAUUCCAGUAACAUUAUGUACAAGGCAGGAUUAUACCCCUGAUGGGUCUCCAGUCCGUCACACUUCACACACCACAGGGGAACUCUAAUAGAGGCUAGUGGGGAAAAAAUCGUCCAGUUUAUUUAUUCAUAACUUAAUCAUGUGACUGAGAAAGCAUAAAUAAGGUGUGUAUAAAUAAGGUGUGUGUAAACGAUCAAUGAUCUGAUUCACUUCGUCAUAUUAGCCUUUUGUAUUCAUUCUGAUUUUGUUUAGGUUUCUUCAUUAUGAAGUUGUUGUAUUCGGCAUGCAUGGCUUUGAAUGGGAGUUUUCCAUUAAGUACAGUGACACUAAAGAUUUUAAAAUUUCCCGGAACUACCUAAUGAGCGAAUGGUUUUUUAAUGGAAAAGAAAAAUCAUUGUUCCUCCCUCUUAUUAAGCUUUUUUUUUUUUUUUGCAAGCAUUAAAAUUGGAUGGAAAUGCAUUUAAAUUACAAAAAAAACUAGGCACAUAAUUACCCAAGGGAAAUUUUUUACAACACAAGGCCUGAAGAAAGAAGAAAAUAGUUGGUAUUAAUUACUUCAUAAUAAUAAUAGUAAUAAUGAUAAUUGGUGAAGUAUAAUCCAUAGUGGACGUAGGGCAUGGGGAGUGCUGCAGCUGUAUGUUUAAUGUUUAAUGCGAGGAUGUUUUAAUGUAGAACACAGAGAGUCAGAUUUGAAGCAGCAGAAGACCGAAGUCGUGUUGUGUGAUUUGUGUUGAGUUUUCAGCACUGGAUGUUCCACCGUCCUGUGUGUCGUGGGUCCUAUGAGUUGAGAAAACAAUAGAACCUCCAUGUAGCUUCGGUUUGAUCUCGCACCCUAAAUCCAUACAAAAAAAAUCCAGACUUGGUAUUGGUUUUCAGCCCCUUUAUAUGGCAGUAGGUUUUCAGAGGCUGUGUGUGUUUGUGUGUGUGUCCUGUUCACUUUUCACACACCUCCACAUGUGAAAAAGGCUGCAGUGAAGCAUAUAAUCAGUAUUUGUUUUCUUUCGAAUAGAGUUGAAUGAACAAUUUUCAGUGUUAAUUUCUGAGUGGGUGAAAUAAGUGAUUUUCUGCACUUGACAGUUUUGUCUUUAGGAAAAUGAUGGCAAGAAAUUAAAGUAUGCUUAGUUUGAAACAUGACAACUGUUCAUUUGCUUAUUAAACAUGCAUUACUGCUUAGCAUCAUCUACAUCUCCAACAUUGUGCAGGACUGACAGCUGUAAAAGAUAAAGACUUGGGUUUUGUUUGUUUGUUUUUUUUUCCC